AUGCAUGCCGUUGUCGUUUCAAAUCCCUUACCUAUUCUUAUAACCUGCAUUAAGGACGUAAGAAUAAACUAUAGUGGCGAAACUGCUACACUCAACUGUCCUGACAACUACCGACUUAAGAUCAGAUAUGGUGACGGAAAAAUCCAAGGAGACGUUACGGUGAAGCAGUUCAAAGCAAAUUUUCAAAUUUAUUGCUUGGAUGGACGAUGGGGUGUAUUUAAUAAAGACGAAUCUGCCAAAAAGGACGUUUCUUCGGGAGAGGAAAUAACAGGUCUAGCUUGUCACAAAGGGUUGGAAGCCAAACUGAAGCCGUUAGCAACCUAG